AUGGAACCGUUUGCAAUUCUAACAAAUAUCAUCAAACCUGAAUACUUGAAUUACUAUAGAGAUUGGAUAUACAUUGCAAGUGAAAAGGAAGCCAGAGGACUUUAAUUGAUCGGUGCGAUUUAUAAACAUAAAGGAAGAAAACUAUUUAGAGCUAAGCCUCCCACAGUUCAAUUGCAAGAACUUACUGAUCAAUAGGAGUUAGAUUUUAAGAAAGCAGAAGAAAUGCAUAGGAAAAAUUAAACUUCUACAACUUAUGGAACAGAAUUCGGAUACUUACAAAAAUUAUUAAAGCCAUAAAAUAAUGUGUUCAAAUUCAAGAAAUGCUCAGAACUUGAAUUUGCUUAACCACUCAAUGAUUUAGCAAAAUUGUUUUUAGAUAAUUGGAUUGAAAUGAAUGAUGAAUUAGAAUUUUAAGAAUUAGUUUUGAACUGUUUAAGAGCUCUCUUCAGCAGAUUUAAAGCAUAAUUAGUGCCAAAAACAGAAAUGAAAGUAAAAUAUGAAUAUAAGCCAGACUGGAAACUUUCAAACCCUAUCAGAGUAGAUAAGGCAGGAACAGACAUCAAUGCAUACAAAACUAAUUAUAAUGCCAUUUUCAAAUAGAGACUUAAGUAGGAAUAGAUCAAAUAAAAAAUAGCAGAACUAGAUGGAACCGAUUUUGCUAAAGCCUUAACAAUACACAAAUCAUUCAAAAUCAAUUGA